AUGUCCUCCUUCUACGCUUCGUCGCCUACCGUCGUCCUUCCUGCUCCCUCGGCGCAAUACUUCCCUCAUUCGCAAUUACACCAACCACCUACUACCAUGGGCAACAAGACCUUCUUCAAGCCGACCACCCCACCCACACAAUCGCUAUCCUCUGCUGCUGGGCGCAAACGCUCACGCGACGAUGACGACGACGAAGAGGUCACCCUGGCUGCUCCUCUUUCCAACUCACCAAUCAAUCAUGAAGAGCCCGUCUAUGGUCCUGGAAUGACCUUGCUUAACAAGCCUCACGGUCAAUCUUCUACUGGCACCUGGGUCGAAAACACGUGGGUUGAAACACCCCUCAUCCGUCCUGUAGCCACCCAAGCAUCCAGACCCACCAUGCCCAGUCGCAAAUCCCAACGUCUCGCUCCCUCUGGCCCUGAAUCAAACGACAUUGCUCUGACCAUCGAGGCCUCUGCUCACCGUCGUACUGCAUCAGUCGAGCCUCUUAUUGACGAGGUCACGCGCCUUCUCGGUAUCUCGUGGAUGCGUCUCGACGCUAGUGAAGCCCUUCAGAUCUCGGCAAAAGCCUACACAAGAUGGGUUCGCAGGCAUUAUCCUGGUCUUACCAAUAUCGAGCUGUGGUUCGAGAACUCUUCCAUCCCUGGUUACCUCGGUGUUGCAACCAACAAAGUCUCUGGUCAGAAGGUAUUUCUACUUUGGAGCAACGAUCUUAAGCAAGCUGUUCUUGUCACGAAGAAUCCCAACGAGCUGGUCUCGAAGUUGAUGUCUCCGCAAACAAUCAUUAACUCGGCGACUGAGUCCAUGUUCGCCAGUGACGAACCUGUCGCCGACGACUCUUCAGACAAGGGCUCACCAAGCCCAACCUUUGCCAUUCCUUCCGUCGUUCCUCAGGCUUCUGCCGCCAUGGACAUCGACUAG